GGCCCCAUGAUCCUCUUUCAUUCAUCAGUGUGUGUGUGUGUGUGUGUGUGUGUGCGCGCGCGCAAAACCAGCGCACGCAUCUGAUCCGACACACUCACGCGGAGUCUGACGCGGCGCACGGACUCUAAACCAGCGGCGAACGCGCUUCAGUCGUGGAUUUAACCGGAUUCCUUCUGCUUUUCCCCACGGAGUCUCCUCUGGAUGUUACUCUCGCGGUCCUGCGCUGAUUCUCGGCCUCGCUCUGGACAUACUGAUGGAUGUUUGGCGCACGGACCGAUGGAUUUGAUAUUUUGGGAGUCUGUCUGUAGGGUGUCAGAUGAACGUUGCAUCCGUGUUGUUUGGAGCUGCUGAUCGUGUCUCAUGGAUCAUCACGGUCAGCGUGGAGGAAGCCUCCCAUCCGGUGCCAUCCUGUCCCUGGAGCAGAUCAAAGCCAUCCGCUCAUGCAACGAGUACACAGAGGGCCCGGCCGUAGCACCCCGACCGGCCCCGGGGCCUCCACCGCGCAACGCAGACAAGCAGGAGAGGACUCACGAGAUGAUCCUGGUGAAUGUGAAUAACAACUACGAGCACCGAGCGGCGCAUCCACCAGCGCUCAGCAGAUCCACGAGCUCCGGGAGCAAUAGCAGCGACGGAUCGGAGCGAGGCCUGCUAGCACCGUCGCAUCAUCGCAGUCCCGCUGUACGGACUCAGCCCAAAUCUCUGAACGCAUCCAUGCAUCCCUUUCUCCCACCGGACGUUCCUCUUAAACAGGAAAAACUAGACUCGGCGCAUUUAUACAUCUGCGAGAGUUGCGGGAAAUGCAAAUGCAGCGAAUGCAUGGCACCUCGUCCGCUUCCGGCGUGCUUCACAUGCAACGGACAAUGCUUGUGCUCGGCUGAAAAUGUUGUGGAGUACGGAACAUGUAUGUGUUUAGUCAAAGGGAUUUUUUAUCAUUGCUCAAACGAUGACGAUGUUGGGGACCCGUGCGCGGACCGGCCGUGUUCUCUGUCACAUCCGCAGUGCUGCUCACGCUUUCUGUGCAUGGGACUCAUGUCGACGCUCUUUCCAUGUUUGCUGUGUUACCUGCCUUCUAAGGCUUGCGUGAAAGCGUGCAACUCGUGCCACGACCGCGUGAAGCGGCCUGGAUGCCGCUGCAAGAACUCUAACACCGUUUACUGCAAGCUGCAGAACUGGAACCAGACGCCCGGACAUGCACCGGGAAAACUGUCCUGAGAAAUCACACGUAUUUCUUUAGCUUAAAAAGCUGGUUUUGCUGCUGCAAGAUGCGGAAAUUGCAAAGAGGGUGAAGCUGUGGGAGGAGUUAUGUCAAUGAGUGCCUGUUAAGCUCCGCCCCUCAUGGUGCAGAAGAACCACUCGUUUGUUUUCUGAACCUGGCUGCGUUCCACUCCACUUUUAGAAACAUACUCGUGAACUUCCUUAAGCACUUCCCCUCAGGGGAAUGCCAAUUCAAAGUGUGUUUCACUUCGUGACGUGGAUGAGAGAUGUUUAUGGACUGAUUUUGACCGAGGGAGCGAGUCUGCUUCACAUGCACACAUCAGGCCGCUCCGUAGACCACUAUGCAAUGCGAUUAUGUCACGUUUAAUUUAUCACCACCACAAACAACUCUACACUCUUACAAAUAAAGGUGCUUCACGAUGCCAUAGAUAAACCUUUUUUUGUCUAAAUGGUUCCAUAAAUAAUCUUUAACAUCUGAAGAACCUUUCUGUUUUACUAAAGUUCUUUGUGGCGAAAGAAGGUUCUUCAAAUUAUAAAAAAAGUAAGAAAGAGAUGGUUCUUUAAAGAACCCUUGAUUGAAUGGUUCUUUGUGGAACCAAAAAUAGUUCUUCCAAGGCAUCGAUGUGAAGACCCUUUUAAGUACCUUUGUUUUUAAGAGUGCAUAAUAUAUAAAAAAAUAUGUAUUUUUAAUAUUUAUAGCAACCCAAGCUUUCCUGUAUAUAUGUAUUGUGAGCGAAGGGCAUAACAAAUGGAGUGGAACGCAUCCCCAGUGCUAGCCUUACCUGACUUUGUACAGCUUUUAUCUAACACGCGAUGGUGCUUCGAAACGCCUCCUACCAAACCUGUGAAGGACUUGUGAUGUAGCUGUUAUUGGAUCCACAGACGCCAUCGUUCUGACUCUGUCUGUUCGUUCUCAUGGAAAGACGUACGUUCAAAUGCGCAAGAUGAAUUUACGGCAAUUUUUAAAGGAAAUGUUAAGACUGUUAGAUCUUUUUUUCGUUGUUGUUGUUGUUGU